CAGCUGACUAACCAAUACCAUGCAGCCAAACAACAGCCGAGGAGAAAGAAAACCGAACCCUCCUCACUUUUCUUCUUAAAACUACCACUCCUUAACCACGCGCUACCUCAAGCGCGUGUAAUCUCAUUCACCUAUAUACUCACCCUUUUCUCUAUCGAAAUCACAAACAACAACAUAAACAACAUAAACUAAGAACAACAACCACCGAAUUUGUGUUGUGUUCGUGUUUGUGUUGUUUAAGAUUUCAGAUUCAUAACCUUAAAAACCCUUUGAUUCAUUCCUCAUUUUCUUUUAGUUUUUGAUGGCAAUUCAGAUGAUGCUUCAAGUAGUGCAGAAUUCCUUCAUAAGUUUCUAAAAUCCGAGGAACUUCUUCGAACCUGCUUUGAUAAAUAAGGACAAAAAGAACGUUUCUUCAAAAAAGCAGGAUGACUGUAAAGAAACAGGACUCGAAAAAAGUUUCUGGCAUCAGCAACCAAUGUUCAAGGAAGCAACAUCGCAAGGGAGAAAACCCUAUUCGAUUUGUACCAGCUGCUGACCCUCCUCUUGAUAAUGGACAUACAAACUCGUGGAUCUGCAAAAACUCCGCUUGCAGGGCAGUUUUAUCCAAAGAGGACACAUUCUGUAGACGGUGCUCAUGCUGUAUUUGUCAUCUUUUCGAUGACAACAAGGAUCCUAGUCUUUGGUUGGUAUGCAGUGAAUCUUCUCAAGGGGACUCAUGCGGGUUAUCUUGCCAUAUCGAGUGUGCUCUUCAACAUGAGAAAGUUGGAGUUGUUGAUCAUGGACAACUUAUGCAACUGGAUGGUGGUUAUUGUUGUGCCUCCUGCGGUAAAGUGACCGGCAUACUUGGAUGCUGGAAGAAGCAGCUUAAUAUAGCAAAAGAUGCUCGGCGUGUGGAUGUACUAUGUUACAGGAUAUAUUUGAGUUACAGGCUUCUGAAUGGUACUUUAAGAUUUAAAGAAUUGCAUGACAUGGUACAAGAGGCAAAGGCUAAACUCGAGGAAGUCGGUCCAGUUGACGGUGUUUCUUCCAAGAUGGUACGAGGCAUUGUCAGUAGACUCCCUAUUGCUAGUGAUGUGCAGAAACUAUGUUCUCUUGCUAUCGAGAAGGCUGAUGAGUUGUUGGCCACUGAUGACAAUCCUGAAUCCAAAGAGGGCUCACUUCCUGCGGCAUGUAAGUUUGUGUUUGAAGAGGUAACAGAUUCCUCGGUCAAAAUCAUUCUACUUGAAAUGCCAAAUGUAGCUUCUGAGGACAUUAAGGGAUACAAGCUCUGGUAUUACAAGACUAGGGGGGAGUCAUACACAGAAGAACCUGUUUGUGAGUUUCCAAAAGAUCAGAGGAGGAUUUUGAUAUCCAAUCUUCAGGCUUGCACAGAAUAUACUUUUCGGAUUGUAUCUCAUACAGAUAAUGGUGACCUCGGUCAUUCUGAGGCUAAGUGUUUCACCAAAAGCGUUGAGAUAUUUGUAAAGAAACCGACUUCAUCAAUUGACAUGAAUACUAAAAUGGAGGAUACUCAAAGUGGAGGAGGCAAUGAAUCGGGCUCCAAACUGGAGAUUGAUCCCACAAUGACAUACUCCGGAUUCAAGGUUCGAGACCUUGGAAAGAUUUUGCACCUAGCUUGGGCUCAAGAACAAGGUUGCUUUGAGGGGUUCUGCCGUGCCGAUAUUAAAAAUUGCUGUGAUCAAAGUGAAAAGAUAAAAAACCCUAUCAACCUGGAAGAGCAGUCGGCGCGGCCUUCGGUUUCUCGAGACCUUGAUCUGAAUGUUGUUUCUAUGCCUGACUUGAACGAAGAACUCACUCCUCCUUUCGAGUCUUCUCGUGAUGAAGACAAUGGUUGCACUUUGCGGCAGGCUGUUGAGGCAGAUGAUGAUGCAGCCUCUCUUGAUUUAGAGAAAAACCUAGCAAGGCCACACGGUAGUGGUGGUUCCGAAACCUGGAACCACAGACCAACUGGAGAAGUUCCGGCUGUUGACUCGCGUGUAGUCGUAGAAGCAAGUAGGAAAAGGGUAGCAAGCACAAAUGAAGAAACACAUGACUGUGACAGCACUUUAAUCAACGGUUCUCCUUUACAUGUAUCUGAUGGUUCGUUCUCCUUAGACGAGAACUUUGAGUAUUGUGUUAAAGUAAUUCGUUGGCUAGAAUGUCAGGGUCAUAUCAACAAAGAGUUUAGGCUUAAAUUGCUUACAUGGUUUAGUUUGAGGUCGACCGAACAAGAACGUAGGGUGGUUAAUACUUUCAUUCAGACAUUGAUUGAUGAUCCGAGUAGUUUGGCAGGCCAACUAGUUGACUCAUUUUCUGAUAUUGUAUCCAACAAGAGGCCAAGAAAUGGAUUCAGUAACAAGGCUGUGGCAUUAAAUUAAGAAGGGCGUGUUUGGAAUCAUAAUCAUGUUGCAGAAGAUAUUUUUUGCCUUUCAUUGUACAGGCAUUUUUUAUUACUCAUUGUGAUUCAUUAUUAUUAGGACAAGUUAAUUGUCCUGCUAAAAUUGGAUUUGCAUUGAUAUGGCUGCAGAGACAGUGAAUCAUUUUUCCUUUGAAGGGGAGGGAGGAUCUUUGGACUUGAAGAUUUAGAAGGCAUUUUUCUAUUUACCAAAUUAUUGCAAUUUAUUUUUUCAAUUAUGAUAUUAAAUCAUGGAAGAUAUUAAUUUACUAGUGUUGAACUUUUUAUUGUUUUCUUUCAUUUGACAAGGAAGAUAAUAUUUUCGCUUAUUGUAUUCA